AUGGCGGCACCCGAAGAAAAGGAAAAAAAGGAGAAAGUCGACGAUCGCUUUGACUAUUUCAAUAAUUAUGUCAUGAAAACGUUACGUUUGAAAAAUGAGCGCUGGGUAAAACUAAUGGGCAUGCCCGAGUCGAAAGAAGUAAUCCAAGUAUUCCUCAACGACUCCAGCCACCCGCGUUUGGUAUUCUACCUGAAUAACGCUUCUAUUUUGGUGCCCGCAUUUGACUUCCCCGCAAAGGCGCGCAGUAAAAUUGUUUACUUCAUGCGCCGCGAAAUACCAUCCGAUCUGUCGUUGCAGGAUAUGGACAGCAAACUAAUGAUUGGCGAUAUACUACCAAAUGUGCUGGAAAAUCUCUCGGUGCUCUGCGAUGAUGUUAUCUUCCCUGUGGUCAAUAAUCCCGUAAAUCAAGACGGUUGGACAUCGGUGAUAGUUAAUGAUAUGAAAACCGAAUCACAGGAUUUACGCAACGGCAUUGCACAAAUGAAGGGCAUCGUUAUAAAUCGUACAAUUCUACCGUUACCCAUUUGUAUCGACGAAGUGAUGGAUUGCGCACCACAAAUCGCAAUCGGUAACUUGAACAACUUCAACAACCUGCUCAAGCAUUCGUUGGAAUUCAUGGUGGUGAAAUGGCUCGACUCGGUUGAAGAUUUGGUUUUGGUAAAGGCACGCGAACGCAUCUAUGCCAAGGAAACACAUCCGAAGCCGGAUCUCCUCUUCAGCUUCUGGGAGUCACGUCUAGAGAACUUAGAGAAUUUAGCCGAUCAAUUAGGUGAUAAGCGCAUAAAAACAAUCGGCUUUGUGCUGGAAAAAAUAAAUUCCGUUUUCGAGUCCACGUAUCGUAAGAUUGUGGAGCUGGUGCUGCAGUCAUUGGCCGAAGCACGCGAUAUAACCAAAUACUUAGCACCACUGCGCAAAGUUAUCGACUCUUUCGAAGUGAAUCGAAUGGAUGAAAAUCGCGCACAAUUGCGUCCGGUACUCCUGACCAUCGGGCUGGUGUGGGGACACUCCAAAUACUUUCACACGCUGGAAAAUAUGGUUUUGCUCUUCGAACUGUGGCACAAUUCGCUAAUAGAGAAUGUCAUCUUAACCAUAGAACCCGAGAGCUGUUUCGGUGAUGUCGACGAGGCCUAUAAACGCACAAUAUUGAAUAUUGAUCACGUGGCAUACUACAAGAAAACUUAUGAUCAUUGUCGCUCGAGUUUGAAGAAAUUUAAAAUUGGCACACAAUUCAAUUCGCAAGACUGGACAUGGCAUCCGAAAACGAUUUUCGAUCGCUUAGAUCGUUUUGUCGAACGUCUUUAUGUGAUGAGGAAAAUUUUCGAUACCGGCCGUGAUUUUCUAAAGCUAGAAAAGAUCACAGUUGGCGGUUUGAAGGGUCGCCAGAUAUCAGCGGCACUAACCAAAAUUCUCGAGGAAUUCAAUAACAAGUAUCGUGAUUGGACGAAUGGUGUGACGUACAACGUGCUCGACCCCGACGAGUCUGUUGAACAAUUUCAAAAGGAUGUCGAGAAAUUUCAUGACUUCGCCGAAAAAUUGGAGCGCCGCAUUGCAUUCCAAUUCGAAUUGGCGCUGCUGGACUCACAUGAUCUGAUGCUUUGCGGUAGCUUGUUGUUACGCCCGAUUAUCAAGGAACAAUUGGAUCCGCAUAUGCAUAUAUUGGUGGAUGAUUUGGCCGAAGAGAUACAUGCAGUGAAAAAGGAUUUCAACGUUUUCGAGGACAUUUACAGGAAAUCCGGUGUUAAGGCUCUUCCCACUGAUGAUUGCUUUCCCAAAGUUUCUGGCGCUAUCUCGUGGCUACAUAAAUUGCGACAUCGCAUCACUUGGAUCAAGUCCGACUAUGAACUCUACGAAUAUCCACUCUUUGACAAUGAAUAUGGCGAACAAACACUGGAGAUUUACAAUCAAAUGCUAAAUGAAAUCGACGCUCUGAAGCAGGCGAUACUUGAGGAAUGGUAUACAAUGGUGCGUGAUCAGAUUGCCUUUGGCAUGCAACAGACCCUUUUGAAGAAGGACGAUAAAGGUGUGCUCUCGGUUAAUUUCACACAAGAAUUAAUGGAUGCUUUGAAGGAUAUUAAAGUAUUGCGUAUCAUGGAGUGCGAAGUUCCAGAUGAGCUGAUAGAAUUCUACGAAAGAAGUGAAGAGUUCUGGCAAGCGCGUCUCAAGCUUAUGCGCAUUGCCGAAUGGUAUAACGAUAUUAACUCGCGAUCGCAGCCGAGUGAAAUGAAUUUAAUACGAGCCGAGUUGAGCGCAAUUGAACGUUAUAUGGAGCCAUUGAUUAGCGAUAUUAUCUGGAUGUCGUUCGAUCAGCGUUUUAUAAACAAAGUAUUUGGUAAAAUUAGCCAUUUACAAAAGCGCAUCGAGAAAUGUCAAGCCAAUUUGGAUGCGAUCAAGCAAAGCAUCAACGCUUGGGGUAAAGUACCAUUAUUCCAACGCAAAGACCUCAAUCCAAAAGCACUGCUGGGAGUCGAGCCCCGCGCGGAUAUUAUUGCCAAACGUGUCAAACAAGCAAAUAAUACCAAAGAACUCAUUGAUAAGUUGAUGUACGAGAAUGCAAAGCUCUUCUUUGACAUACCGCAACGGUAUGUAAUUGAGGAGAGCAGCGAGGCGUUUGAAGAGGAAGAUGAUGAAGAACGUCCCACACCAAAUAUAGCGGCUGUUAGCGCUGCAGUUACUGCUGCUGAGAAAGCUGUGCCAGAAGCCAAGCGGUUCACGCAACAGCUGAACGAGGGCAUAGAAGAGGCAUCUUCGGAGGGAGAGAUCAUUACGCCGCAGCAUCGUUAUGAUCUGCUGCAGACGCUAACCGAGACAGAACGUGAACAAUUCCGAGAAUAUGAGAAAUAUGUGGAUACACAAAUCGCCUCAGAACUCCUGGAUGCUGUUAUUACAAGUAUUACAUACUUACGUAUGGAAAUCGAUAAUCGUUACGAAAAUGAUGCACCGAUUUUUGAAAUUCUCAUGGAGUUGCAAGAACCACUAGUUGUUUACUUUCUAAAUUUGGAUCCCAGUUCACCGUAUGGCUUUACAAUGCAUAUAGAUAAUUUGAUUGAUGAUAUGUAUAAUAUGAUGAGCAUGUUGCCGCGUGUGGCACAGGAUCCACCACAGGAAGGCGAGGAACCCGAAAACUUUAUGGAUGAAUUGAAAGAUAAACCAGAACUCCAGAAGCAACGUAAUGAAAUCAUGAGUAGAGUUAAAUUCGCUUUGCAGCAGAUUCGUUCGCACUCCAAGCUCUAUAUGGAUUAUUCGUAUUUGUGGCUCUCAGACAAACAACAAUAUCUUUCCGAAGUUAAAAAGUAUGGCCGACCGUUGACGGUGGCCGAGCGUGAAGCGGAACUCGAAGGUGAAGGCGAGUCAGGUUUGAAGCCGAUAAAAGAUGAUUAUCCACCGCUAAAUAUUUACAAAGAACAGUUGGACAAAUUCAUUGCUUUGCAAAAUGAGAUCUCUCAGUGGGAAUCCUUCAUUGAUUUCAAUGUCUGGCUGCGUUUAAAUAAGAAGGGCUUCAAAAAUGCAGUGCUUAAUCAGGUUUCUAAGUGGAUAAGCCUCUUUAAACAAGAUCUCAUCGAUCGCGUUAUGAACUCGCUGCAGGAACUGGAAGAUUUCGUAGAGGAAGCAAAUGAGGCAUUGAAAAUCGAACUCAAUAAAGAUGAUUUUGAAGGUUUGCUCAAGAUUCUCUCUGUACUCAAUACGAUCAAUGAAAAACAAUACACAUACGACUAUAUGUUCGAUCCAUUGCGCGAGGUUGUGGAUCUGCUGAAACAGUACAAUUACGACUUUAAGGAUAGCGUCUUGGCGCAGCUGAACGAGCUACCCGAUAAAUGGAUGAAAGUGAAGAAGAAUGCUGCGGCGGUCAAGCAAACUAUUGCGCCCAUACAGUCCUACCAAGUCGAUCUUAUUGAAAAACGUAUUAUAUUAUGCGACACGAUGGCGAGUCAAUAUCGUAAGCGGUUUCUACGAAAAAAGUUCUUCCACGUGCCAUGCAGCAAUCCAUAUGAGCUUAUCGACGAAGCAGACCUGGAGAUAAGCGCACUGGAGGAGCGCCAAAAGUCGCUUUCUGAAUCUGCUGUGCUAUUCGAAUUACAAGGUCCAGAUGCAAGUAAGAUUGAACGCUGUCGCAAGGACUUGCAGCUGCUGAAGGUGAUGUGGGACUUUGCAAUUACAAUACAAACCACAAUCGACGAAUGGAAGAAGACACCUUGGAAGAAAAUUGACAUUGAGUCGAUGGAUCAGGAAUGCAAGAAAUUCGGCAAAGAGUUACGUGGUUUGGGCAAAGAAAUGCGCUCUUGGGAUCCUUACAUACACACUGAGAAUCAGUUAAAGAAUCUGAUGACUUCAUUGCGUGCAGUAACGGAACUACAAAAUCCCGCAAUACGCGAUCGUCACUGGGUUGAGCUAAUGACAACUACUGGUGUUAAAUUCAGCAUGGACGACUCGACAACACUCAAAGACUUGAUAGAUCUUAAUCUGCACGAAUAUGAAGAAGAAGUUAAGGGCAUUGUAGACAAGUCAGUCAAAGAACAAGCCAUGGAGAAAGUACUUAAGGAUUUGGCGAAUACUUGGGCCAAUAUGGAAUUCCAGAAUGAUAUACACGAGCGCACGGGACUGAAGUUACUUAAAGCUUCAGAGGAAAUGAUCGAAACACUGGAAGAGAACCAAGUGCAGCUACAAAAUAUGGCAUCAUCAAAGUACGUCGGCUACUUUCAGCAGGAAGUCGCAUUAUGGCAGCAAAAGUUAUCGAAUGCGGAUCAAAUCAUCGGUUCGUGGUUUGAAGUGCAACGUAAAUGGCAAUAUCUCGAGAGUAUAUUCAUCGGUUCGGAGGAUAUUCGUUCACAAUUGCCCGAAGAUUCCAAACGUUUCGAUUACAUUGAUCGCGAAUUCAAGCAAUUACUGAAUCAAAUGAAUGCUGAUCGCAAUGUGGUGCGUUCAACUAACAGACCCAACAGCAAACUCUACGACACACUCGAAGGACUACUUAAACAACUGACAAUGUGCGAGAAAGCACUCAACGACUAUCUGGAGACCAAACGCUUGGCAUAUCCACGCUUUUACUUUGUCUCCUCCGCCGAUUUACUGGACAUACUCUCUAAUGGUAAUAAUCCUAAAAUGGUUUGCCGUCAUUUGACAAAGCUCUACGACUCUAUGGGUCGUCUGAAUCUCAUUGCCGGCACAAAACUAGCUGUCGGCAUGAUUGCGAAGGAACAUGAAGAGUUCGUGCCGUUCUUAGACAAUUGUGAUUGUAGCGGCAAAGUCGAAGUGUGGCUCAAUCGUGUUACGGACCGAAUGCGUGAUACGUUACGUGAUCACUUUCGACGCGCUGUCAUCGCAUAUGAGGAGAAACCGCGACACAUUUGGAUAUUCGAAUGGCCCGCACAACCCGCUUUGGUGACCACGCAGAUCUGGUGGACAACCGAGACGAACGACGCCUUCGCAAAGGUGCAACAACGCUAUGAGAAUGCCAUAAAAGACUACAACAAAAAGCAAGUGGCGCAAUUGAAUAAUUUGAUUAAUAUUCUACUCACCGAUCUCACACCAGCCGAUCGUCAAAAGAUCAUGACCGUCUGCACGAUCGAUGUGCAUAGUCGUGAUGUUGUGGCGAAAAUUAUUUCCGCCAAAGUAGAGCUGGCCACGGCAUUUCAAUGGCAAAGCCAGCUGCGUCAUCGCUGGGACUUGAAAUUCGACGAUUGUUUUGCGAAUAUCUGCGAUGCACAAUUUAAAUACGACUACGAAUAUCUCGGCAAUACACCGCGACUGGUGAUCACGCCGCUAACCGAUCGUUGUUACAUAACCUUAACACAAUCACUGCAUUUGGUAAUGGGUGGCGCGCCCGCGGGUCCCGCUGGUACGGGCAAAACCGAAACCACUAAAGAUUUGGGCCGCGCACUUGGCAUGAUGGUCUAUGUGUUCAAUUGCUCCGAGCAGAUGGAUUAUAAAUCUUGCGGUAAUAUACAUAAAGGUCUAGCGCAGACAGGCGCAUGGGGUUGCUUCGACGAAUUUAAUCGCAUAUCAGUUGAGGUGCUCUCCGUGGUGGCGGUGCAGGUGAAAUGCAUACAGGAUGCCAUCAAAGCCAAGAAAGUGAUGUUUAACUUUCUGGGUGAAAUCAUAUCUCUGCGCCCAACUGUGGGCAUGUUUAUCACUAUGAAUCCCGGAUAUGCUGGACGUGCCGAGUUGCCCGAGAAUCUAAAAGCACUCUAUCGACCCUGCGCUAUGGUUGUGCCGGACUUUGCGCUCAUCAGCGAAAUCAUGAUGGUCGCGGAAGGCUUCCAGGAAGCACGUCCGUUAGCGCAAAAAUUCAUUACACUCUACACGCUAUGCAAGGAGCUCUUAUCUAAGCAGGAUCACUACGAUUGGGGUUUGCGCGCCAUAAAGUCAGUGCUAGUAGUAGCCGGUUCACUACGUCGCGAUGAUCGCUAUCGACCUGAGGAUCAAGUGCUUAUGCGUGCACUGCGUGACUUUAAUAUACCGAAAAUCGUCACGGACGAUGUGCCGGUUUUCAUGGGACUCAUUGGCGAUCUAUUCCCUAACUUAGAUGUGCCAAGAAAACGUUCAUUGGAAUUCGAAGCUGUAAUCAAGAGAUCAGCUGUUGAUCUGAAACUGCAACCUGAAGAUGGUUUCAUCUUGAAAAUCGUGCAGUUGGAAGAACUCUUUGCUGUCAGGCAUUCGGUAUUCAUAAUAGGUUUCGCCGGCACUGGUAAAUCGGAGGUUUGGAAGACAUUAAACAAAACAUAUCAAAAUCAGAAACGCAAACCACACUACAAUGAUCUCAACCCUAAAGCUGUCACGAACGAUGAACUGUUCGGUAUUGUCAAUCCAGCGACGCGUGAAUGGAAGGAUGGACUCUUCUCCAUAAUAAUGCGCGAUCAAGCCAAUUUAGGUGGCACUGGACCGAAAUGGAUUGUAUUGGACGGUGAUAUUGAUCCCAUGUGGAUUGAGAGCCUCAAUACGGUCAUGGAUGACAACAAAGUGCUGACACUGGCAAGUAAUGAACGAAUUGCUCUAACGAAAGAGAUGCGGUUGCUAUUCGAAAUUGCUAAUCUGAAAACAGCUACGCCCGCUACAGUGUCGCGCGCUGGUAUACUUUACAUCAACCCGCAAGAUUUGGGCUGGAGUCCAUUCAUACAAUCGUGGCUGAAUACACGUGCCAAUCAAACCGAAGUGGCCACGCUCAAUGUGCUCUUUGACAAGUACGUGCCGCCCAUGUUGGAUGUUUUUAAUAAACGCUUGAAGCGCAUCACGCCCAUCUCUAAUAUCGCCAUGUUGCAAAUGACAUGCUUCCUGCUCGACUGUAUGUUAACACCACAGAAUGUGCCCAACGACUGUCCAAAGGAUUGGUACGAAAUUUACUUUGUAUUUAGCAUAAUUUGGGGUUUCGGCUCGACACUCUUCCAAGAUCAAAUCAUUGACUGGCGUAACGAGUUCCACAAAUGGUUCAUCAAUGAAUUUAAGGCUGUUAAAUUUCCCCCAGGCAACAACGUGUUCGCCUACUACGUGGAUCAUGAAACAAAGAAUUUCCUACCGUGGACCAAAUUGGUGCCAUCGUUCGAGUUGGAUCCGGAUGUGCCACUACAGUCCAAUCUGGUGCACACUUCAGAGACGACGCGUCUACGAUAUUUCAUGGACGUGCUUGUCGCUGAUAAUCAUCCGGUAAUGCUGAUCGGCGCUGCGGGCUCAGGAAAAACUAUUAUAAUGGGUUCAAAACUAAAUGCCCUACCCAGAAAAUAUGCCAUACAAAAUGUGCCCUUCAAUUUCUAUACGACCUCGGAGAUGCUGCAACGCGUGCUAGAGAAACCGUUGGAGAAGAAGGCCGGUCGCAAUUAUGGGCCGCAGGGCAAUAAGAACAUGUUGUACUUUGUGGACGAUAUGAAUAUGCCGGAGGUAGACAAAUACGGCACUGUACAGCCGCACACACUAAUACGGCAAUUUAUGGACUACCAUCACUGGUAUGAUCGGGUGAAGAUGACUUUGCGUGACAUACAUAAUUGUCAAUUCGUCUCCUGCAUGAACCCUUCUGCCGGUUCGUUCACCAUCAAUCCACGCUUACAGCGACACUUCUGCUCUUUUGCCGUCAAUGCCCCCGCUGCCGAUGCGCUCUUCCACAUCCUUUACUCCAUACUGUCCCAGCACUUGGCCACACCGCACCUUAAAUUCGACAAAGCCGUAAUAAACUUGGGUGAACCGCUCGUACACACGGCCAUCUCAUUGCAUCAGAAGGUCGCCAGCACAUUCCUGCCUACGGCCAUUAAGUUCCACUACAAUUUCAAUUUACGUGACAUUGCUAACAUUUUUACGGGUGUUCUCUAUGCUAAUUUCGAAACAUGCCCCAAUCCCAAUAUGCUCUUACGACUUUGGGUGCACGAAUGCAAUCGCGUUUAUGGAGACAAGCUCGUUGAUCGCACGGAUAUGGCCAACUACCGCAAGCUGAUCGGAGACAUGGUGCGCAAAGGCAUCGAAACCUUCAGCGAGGAUAUUGUUUUUCACCGACCACAUAUCUAUUGUCACUUUGCGAAAGGACUUUCCGAUAUCAAAUAUAUGCCCAUAUCGGACUGGGAUCGACUACAUCGGCUGUUAUCGGAGGCACAAGAACGCUAUAACGACUUUGUGGGUGCAUUGAAUUUGGUGCUAUUCGAGGACGCCAUGGCGCACGUCUGUCGUAUCAGUCGUAUAUUGGAAUCGUCACGUGGCUAUGCGCUACUCAUUGGUGUUGGCGGCUCGGGCAAGCAGUCACUAACGCGUCUCGCUUGCUUUAUCUCUUCGUUGGACGUUUUCCAAAUACAACUCACAAAAGAUUACAGUAAUAAUGAUCUGAAGGCGAACUUGUCGACGUUAUACAUGAAGGCAGGCGUCAAAUCAACACCCUGUUGUUUCUUAAUGACCGAUUCAGAGGUGGCUAGAGAGCAAUUUUUGGUACUUGUUAAUGAUAUGCUUGCUUCCGGCGAUAUACACGAACUCUUCCCAGACGACGAAGUCGAAAACAUAAUCAAUGCCAUGCGCAAUGAGGUCAAGCAAUUGGGUAUUAUGGACACACGCGAAAAUUGCUGGAAAUAUUUCAUUGACAAGGUGCGCAGUCUCCUGAAGGUAGUGCUGUGUUUCUCCCCCGUUGGUGCCACGUUGCGUGUGCGUGCACGCAAAUUUCCAGCGCUCGUGAACUGCACGACCAUCGAUUGGUUCCACGAAUGGCCACAAGAGGCACUCGAAUCGGUAUCGGCACGUUUCCUCAAUGAAAUCGAUGUGCUGCCCAAAUAUUUGUCCAACCCGGUAUCGAAGUUUAUGGCCUACGUGCACAAGACUGUCAAUGAUAUUUCGGCAGUUUAUUUGGCCAACGAUAAACGCUACAACUACACCACACCGAAAUCUUUCCUCGAACUAAUCAAUUUAUAUGCCAAACUGCUGCAGGAGAAAGUGAAGGCCAACCAAGAUCGACGCGUUCGUUUGGAGAAUGGACUGAUUAAGUUAGCAAGCUGCUCGAAAGAAGUCGAUGCACUACAAGAUGUGCUCAAAGUGCAAGAAGUAGAGCUAAAAGCGAAAAACGAAGAGGCCGAUCAUCUGAUUAAAGUUGUGGGUGCUGAGAAUGAGAAAGUGUCCAAGGAGCGCGCUUUUGCCACCAAAGAAGAGAAAAAUGUGCGUCAAAUCGAGGAGGAUGUCACGGCUAAAGCCAAGCUGUGUGAGGAGGAUUUCCGUAAAGCACAACCAGCGCUAAUUGCGGCACAAGAGGCGCUUAAUACACUCAACAAAAACAAUCUAACCGAAUUGAAGUCCUUCGGUUCACCGCCAGAAGCGGUGGUCAGCGUGUGCGCCGCCGUUUUGGUGUUAUUUGCUUCCAAAGGCAAGAUACCAAAAGAUCGCAGCUGGAAGGCUUGUCGUCAAAUAAUGGGCAAUGUAGAUAAAUUCCUUAGCGAUUUGGUGAAUUAUGACAAGAAGCAUAUACAUCCGGAUAUUAUCAAAGCCCUACAACCCUACAUUAACGAUUCAGAGUUUAAUCCCGAAAAAAUCCUAUCAAAAUCAGCAGCAGCUGCUGGUCUCUGUUCAUGGGUGAUAAAUAUAAAUCGUUUCUACGAUGUAUAUUUGAUCGUAGAGCCGAAGGAGCGCGCACUCGUCGAAGCCGAGCAAGAGCUGAAGGAUGCGCGUGACAAGCUACAAGCGCUAAACGAUCGCCUACUCGAACUGGAGGAGCAGUUGAAUGUGCUGCAAAUGGAAUAUGAUGAGGCCUUAGCCAAGAAACAAAAGUGCCAAGAUGAGGCUGACAAGACAGCUUUCACUAUUGACUUGGCUAAUCGUUUGAUUGGCGGCUUGGCAUCGGAAAAAAUACGCUGGACCGAGUCGGUGAAGAGCUUAAAAGAAGGCCAAAUUACACUACCGGGCGAUAUGCUGCUCAUCUCGUGCUUCAUUUCGUACGUCGGCUGCUUCACGCGCCCUUAUCGCAUCGAGCUACAGCAGAAGAUGUGGCGGCCCGCUUUCAAGAAUAGCAAUCCUAAAAUUCCUGCUACCGAAGAUAGUGAUCCGUUCGAAAUGAUUUGCGACGAUGCACAAAUCGCCGAGUGGAAUAACCAAGGCUUGCCGAGCGAUCGUAUGUCUGCGGAAAAUGCGGCGAUUUUGGUGCACUCUGAUCGCUAUCCGCUCAUGAUAGACCCACAACUACAAGGCAUAAAAUGGGUGAAACAAAAGUACCAAAACAAUUUAAUGGUCGUAAGACUCACAAUGAAGGGCUAUUUAGACAUGGUUGAGAAAGCUGUCUCGAAUGGCAAUGUUUUGCUGCUCGAGAAUAUUGGCGAGAAUGUAGAUGCUGUACUCAAUCCGUUGCUGGGACGCAUGCUCAUAAAGAAAGGCACAUGCCUCAAAAUGGGUGACCGAGAAAUCGACUUUAAUCCCAAAUUCCGUCUCAUUUUACACACCAAAUUGGCUAAUCCACAUUAUAAACCGGAAAUGCAAGCGCAAACCACUUUGAUCAAUUUCACAGUUACGCGUGAUGGUCUCGAAGAUCAGCUACUGGCUGAGGUGGUGAAAGUUGAACGUCCCGAUUUAGAGGUUAUGCGCACGCGUUUGACGCAACAGCAAAAUCACUUCAAAAUCACGUUGAAGUUCUUGGAAGACGACUUAUUGCAACGCUUGUCUUCAGCGGGUGAAAAUGUUUUGGAGGAUGUUACGCUUGUGAUGAAUUUGGAGAAGACCAAAAAGACCGCAGACGAAAUUGAAGUAAAGGUGGCUGAGGCUAAAAUUACGGCGGUGCAGAUUGACACCGCACGUGAAGCUUAUCGCCCGGCUUCAGAACGUGCUUCAAUCAUUUACUUCAUACUCAACGAUCUUUUCAAAAUCAAUCCGAUUUAUCAAUUUUCGCUCAAAGCUUUUACCGUUGUCUUUUCAAACGCCAUGCAACGCGCUGUGCCCGCUGAAAAACUUAAAGAUCGUGUAGAGAACCUAAUCGACUCCAUAACGUACUGCAGUUUUUUGUACACGUCACGUGGUCUCUUCGAGUCUGACAAACUCAUCUUUCUAACUCAAAUGUGUCUGCAGAUACUUAUUAGCGCAGGUGAAGUCGAACAUGCAGAAUUGGACUUUCUCUUGCGCUAUCCCUACAUGCCGAAUCAGACAUCGCAACUAUCCUUCCUCACCAAUGUCGGUUGGGGUGGCAUACGCGCUCUAAGCAAUCUGCCAGCGUUCAGAAAUCUAGACAAAGAUAUUGAGGGCUCACACAAACGUUGGAAGAAAUUCGUUGACUCAGAGUGUCCGGAGCGAGAAAAGUUUCCGGGAGAAUGGAAAACGAAAUCAGCUAUACAGCGUCUGUGCAUUAUGCGUUGUAUACGACCGGAUCGUAUGUCUUAUGCAAUGCAAGUAUUUAUUGAAGAGAAACUGGGCAGCAAGUAUAUAGAUUCAAGAUCUAUGGAGUUUGCAAAAACCUUCGAAGAGACCAGUCCCGAAACACAUGUAUUCUUUGUACUCUCACCCGGUGUUGAUCCGCUUAAGGAUGUCGAGAAGUUGGGCAAAGUUAUGGGCUAUCAUGGUGAUAAUGAGAACUUCCAUAGCGUUUCGCUAGGUCAAGGACAGGAAGUUGUCGCCGAAAACUCAAUAGACACAGCAUCGCGUAAAGGUCACUGGGUUAUAUUACAAAACAUACAUUUGGUCGCACGUUGGCUACCGACAUUAGAGAAGAAAAUGGAAGCAUCGCUUAUUGAUGUCAAUCCUAAUUACCGGCUUUUCCUGAGCGCUGAACCAGCGGCUGAUCCCGCUUUCCAUAUAUUGCCACAAGGUAUUCUCGAGUCAGCCAUUAAGAUCACAAACGAACCACCGACCGGCAUGCAGGCUAAUGUGCACAAAGCGCUGGACAAUUUCAAUGAAGAAACACUCGAAAUGUGCUCAAAGGAAACCGAGUUCAAAGCGGUACUAUUUGCGCUUUGCUAUUUCCAUGCAGUAGUAGCUGAGCGACGCAAAUUCGGACCACAAGGCUGGAAUCGGGUUUACCCCUUCAAUGUGGGCGAUCUAACAAUUUCGGUUUAUGUGCUGUACAAUUAUCUUGAAGCGAAUACGCGUGUACCGUGGGAGGAUUUGCGUUAUCUGUUCGGCGAAAUCAUGUAUGGCGGCCACAUAACCGACGACUGGGAUCGACGUCUUUGUCGCACCUACUUGCAGGAGUUCAUGCAGCCGGAACUAAUCGACGGUGAUCUGGAGUUUUGUCCUGGCUUCCCUGCGCCCGGUAUACUAAAAUAUCAGGGCUACCAUGACUACAUCGAUGAUGUUUUACCACCCGAAAGCCCCACCUUAUACGGUCUACAUUUGAAUUCGGAAAUCGGUUUCCUAACCACCGUUUCGGAGCGACUUUUCCGCAUUGUCUUUGAAUUGCAACCACGUGUUGCUGGCGCUGAAUCGGGUGGCGGUGAGGCGCAGUCACAAGAGGAUGUAGUCAAAGCCAUGAUUGAAGAUCUACUUGACAAGAUACCAUCGCCUUUCAAUAUACCCGAACUAAUGGCACGUGUUGAAGAUCGGAAUCCAUACAUUAUAGUCGCCUUUCAGGAAUGUGAGCGCAUGAAUAUUUUAAUGAAUGAAUUGAAGCGUUCGCUACAUGAACUCGAGUUGGGCUUGAAGGGUGAAUUAACGAUUUCGUCCAUUAUGGAGGGGCUCAUGCAAUCACUAUUUAUGGAUCAGGUACCCGAAUCGUGGACAAAACUUGCAUAUCCCAGCCUCUUAGGUCUACAGUCGUGGUUUGCGGAUUUGCAAAUGCGUUUGCACGAGCUAGAAGGUUGGGUAGCUGAUUUUCGUAUGCCAUCGUCGAUUUGGCUCGGUGGUUUCUUCAAUCCGCAGAGCUUACUAACCGCCAUUAUGCAACAGACGGCGCGCAAAAACGCAUGGGCUUUGGAUCGUAUGUGCCUCAAUUGUGAUGUGACUAAGAAGACUAAGGAGGAAAUUAAUGCACCGCCUAAGGAGGGCUCCUAUGUUAACGGUUUGUUUAUGGAGGGCGCACGCUGGGACAUGAAAAUGGGUACCAUUGCUGAUGCUUUUCUGAAGGAGCUAUUUCCCGCCAUGCCUGUGAUGUUCAUCAAAGCGGUCUUACUCGAUAAACAAGAUACGAAAAACGUCUAUGAAUGCCCUGUCUACAAGAUACGCAUGCGCGGCCCCACUUUCGUUUGGACUUUCAACUUGAAGACGAGAGAAAAGGCUGCCAAAUGGACGUUGGCCGGUGUUUGCUUGCUCCUGCAAAUCUAAAAUGUGUUUACACAAAAGUACAAAAGCCAGCACAAAAGGAUAACAGCUUUAAUGGCAUUGAAAGUGUGUGCUUUUUCCACUGGAUCAGCGAGUGCGCCGCUACUCACGAUGUCCUUUUGACUCAACUAAGACAUUUAUUUGUAUUUCAUAUUCCUUUUAUUAUUAUACAGACAUUAUGGAAUGUCAAACUUGA